AUGCCUGCGGAUCUCUGGCGCCUUAACCACGUUGCCAUCGCUGUUCCCGCCAGUCGUAGCCUCGUAGAGGCUGGUGAAAUGUACACGCGCAUCUUUCACGCCAAGGUCAGCGAACCGGUGAAACAGGAGGAGCACGGGGUCAUCACAGUCUUCGUCGAACUGGCGAACACGAAGAUUGAGCUGCUUCACCCUCUCGGCGACAAGAGUCCCAUUGCGGCCUUCUUGGAGCGCAACAAGGACGGAGGUGUGCACCACAUCUGCCUUGAGGUCCCAGAUCUCGCUGCGGCAAUGCAGACAUGCAAGGAGGCAAACAUUCGCUGCCUUGGCACGGUGCCGAAAAUCGGUGCUCACGGCAACCCCGUGAUCUUCCUCCACCCAAAGGACUGCGGCGGCGUCCUCACCGAGCUCGAAGAGGUGAAGUCAUGA